CGAAGCGAAGCCGUGACUCUUGGGGCGAGAAAGGCGUGACUUACUUCACUUGACGACGGUACGUCUCGGUCAGUCAGGUGAGCUGCAGGCGUGAUGGAAGGUGUCAAGGAGGACCGGUUUCCAACAGUCGGGGCGGAUGCGCCAUUUGAUGAUGUUGACCGCGCCUCGCACACAUCGCUGUACGCAAAUGGCAAGGUUAAUCACGACGUUGAGUUACAACAAAUCUCACUCGUAGCCGCGUUCUCGAAGUCUCGAUCUGGCCCUCCACCGCACUCGACUUCAUCAACACUCAGAGGCAAUCUCAACUGCAACUGGUCUGGGAAUCAAUAUCGGUCGCUUUCAAAGCAAAAUGCAGCACACGCGCUUCUGAGAACCCACAAGCAGAUGAUGAAGCAUCAAGAGCGAGACCUCGAUGAUUAGGUACAGC